GUUCAUGUCCUCCCGUGAACAAAGGGCUCAUCUGGGUCCGUAUGUAAACCCACAGCAGGCUUCAGCCCACUGACAAGGCCUCAUGCGGGACAAAACAUAACCGACCGACUCCCGCAAUUUUAGGCCUUUUCCCCCUCCAGUCUCGCGGUUUGAGGAGAUUUUUUUCAUUGAUCCAGUUCAGAGGGACGUAUUGUGUUGGUACGUCGCGUCCAGCCAACCGCCGUCCAGCGGGCCUAUCCGUUUUUACGCACGGAGCGUACACACGGUCUAUCAUCACGGAUCUGUAAACAUCAAUUUUCUGAUUGGACUUCUUUGCAGGCUGUUCCUCCAAGUCGUUCAAACUGUACUCCCCCAAGGAGCCCCCCAACGGUAGCACUUUCCCCCCUUUCCAUCCCGGCACCAUGCUGGACAGAGACGUGGGUCCCACCCCAAUGUAUCCUCCCACAUACCUGGAGCCUGGAAUAGGGAGGCACACACCAUAUGGCAACCAGACAGACUACAGAAUAUUUGAACUUAAUAAACGGCUACAGAACUGGACAGAGGAGUGCGAUAAUCUGUGGUGGGAUGCAUUUACUACAGAAUUCUUUGAAGAUGAUGCCAUGUUGACCAUUACUUUCUGUCUUGAAGAUGGACCCAAACGCUACACAAUUGGCCGGACGUUGAUUCCAAGGUACUUCCGGAGUAUAUUCGAGGGUGGUGCAACUGAGCUCUAUUAUGUGCUAAAACACCCCAAGGAGUCCUUCCACAAUAACUUUGUCUCCCUCGACUGUGAUCAGUGCACCAUGGUCACCCAGAAUGGAAAGCCCAUGUUCACACAGGUGUGUGUAGAAGGGCGCUUGUACCUGGAGUUCAUGUUUGACGACAUGAUGAGGAUAAAGACGUGGCACUUCAGCAUCAGACAACACCGUGAACUCAUCCCCCGCAGUAUACUGGCCAUGCAUGCCCAGGACCCACAGAUGCUGGACCAGCUGUCCAAAAACAUAACAAGAUGUGGUCUGUCGAACUCCACCCUCAACUACCUCCGACUGUGUGUGAUUCUGGAGCCCAUGCAGGAGCUGAUGUCCAGACACAAGACAUACAGCCUCAGCCCCAGAGACUGCCUCAAGACCUGCCUUUUCCAGAAAUGGCAGAGGAUGGUGGCACCACCAGCUGAGCCAUCGAGACAGGCCCCAAACAAAAGGCGGAAGCGUAAGAUGUCAGGUGGCAGUACCAUCAGCGGAGGAGGAGGAACUAACAACAAUAACAACAACAAAAAGAAAAGCCCUGGCAGCGGCUUCCCCCUGUCCAGCCAAGUUCCAGAUGUGAUGGUGGUUGGAGAGCCCACGCUGAUGGGAGGCGAGUUUGGCGACGAAGACGAGCGUCUGAUCACACGGCUGGAGAACACGCAGUUUGACGCAGCUAAUGGAAUCGAUGACGAGGACAGCUUCAACAACUCUCCGGCGCUUGGCUCCAACUCGCCCUGGAACAACAAGGCCCCCUCCAGCCAGGAGAGCAAGAGCGACAACCCAACCUCACAGGCGUCGCAGUAGAGCCCAGAGCCCCGCGACCUCAACACAAACCCCCUCUGUCACUUCUCAAAGCCCCCACCCACCCCACCCUGACAGCCACGAGUGCAUCAGCAACAGUCCGUCUCCUCCUCACCGACCCAGACAUCACUGUAGAGCCCAGAUUCAUCACACGGGUGGCACAAGGGAGCUCAGUAUGUCUCCGAUGACAUCACUGAGCCUGAGGACAUUUUACAAGUUGUCAUCAUUGCCCAUGUUCGGACAUGGUGUCCCACCUCUGUCUCCCCAUGCCCUCAUCUCACACUCAAAAUAUCCCAUCUGCUCUCGCUAGCUUUCAGUUUGGAUAGCGACCGGCGGUAGAUGUGACGGAGGAGGCGCAGGGUUUAAACCCAGGGGAGAACUGUGCAUACUGAACGAUCCACUCUGAAGUUCACAUGUAGGAAGGGCUGGGGUGGAGAGGAUGUUGGCAGCGGGACUUCGACAUGGUGGCGAGUUGCUUAGGGACCACUUGUCCACUCAUCCUCUAAACAUGGCUCUCAAUUCUGGUCUGCUCUGUUGAUGCACGAGUCACUCGUAAUGUUUCUUAAUAGAGUAUAUGUGUGUGUGAGUGUGUGCGUGUGAAGUGUGCCAGGAGAGAAAAAGGAGUCUGAGCUUAUUUGUGGCUUUGCUGAUGCAGACGGACCAGAAUUUAGAACCAGACUUUGAAACCAUUGAAAUUCACACACUAGUAGGAGAGCUGAAAUGUGGCACUAGGGAAACUACACACACAGACAGAUACAUUUGUUCACAUACACUCACAAUUAAACCUAAUGAUUGAAGGAUUUUGAGUCCCCUAGUGCCCGAGCCAUCUCUGAUUAGACUACAAUGGAUGCAGUCUUUCAAACAGAGAGCAUUUACAACACACACACACACACACGCACAUACACACAGCUACACAUUUUAAGAGUUUUUAUACAGUAUAUAUUUCCCUAGAAUGUUUUUUAAUUUGUAUUAAACGCCUUCAUUUCAAUUGUUACUUUUUUAUUUUCUACCAAUACUGAAAAGCUACAGACCAAGGAGCAACACAGGACUUUUAUCCCUCCCCCCUCUAAAAUAUAUUGUUUUUAUCUUUUAUGUUUAUAAAAGAGAAAUAAUUUAGUGUGGAUGUUUUUAUUUUGUCUUUUUGUUCCUUUUUUUGAAGAUUUAAAUUUUUGUGUAUUUGUGCUUGUAUAUUUAAGGUAGUAGCAAAGUUCUGUCUGACUGUAAUAAAAUGUAUUCUUACUUAGAUUUACCUAAAGCCAUCCCGAUCUAAUGUAAAGAAACAAAAAUAGGAAAAAGGAGAAAAAACACUCAUGAACCUUUCCCCUUCUAUCUUCCCACCUGCUCUUUCCUCCUCCCUCUUUUUUAAAACUUGUGUAAAUUAAAUUACAAACCCUUCCCCCCGGGGUACAAUGGCACCAUGGAGUGAUGAUUUAACAUGUUUCAGUUGAUUUCUUUCAUAUUUAUUUUGGAAAUUUUAGAAAUUCAUUCAUGUAUUUUAUCCAUAAAGGAACUGAUUUUUCACUUAACGUUAAUCACAGUUUUGUGUACCGCAACUUUCAACUUGAUGUCAGGUGAAUGUGCUCACUGAAUUUUAUUUAAGCGGUGAAUUUCAUGUUUCAUCACCGGCUAACACCGAUUUUUUUUUUUUUUUUUUUUUUUUUCUUAAAUGUAGUUUUUGUUUAAAUUAUCAUAAUUUUUGCAGUGUCCAUCAUGACCAACAGAAUGAUACCAUGAAACAUCCAAGCAUCUUCUAAAGCCAGCUUAACAUUAAGCUCAGUCGGCAUAUUUGGUAGCAAUGCUGAGUCUGUGAAGUCUGAUUAUAAACAGCUGACUCUCUGUUAGUUGUUUUGUACAUUUCCAUUUCGUCACAGUUGAUCCAGCUACAGUUAAUAAUUGAGUUUGAAUGGUGACUUGUACCUUCUCCAACCCCUGUAGAAAAAUCAUCGUUUGAUAUAUAUUUUUUGAUUUCGUUAGUUUCUGCCCUUGAUAAUUAAUGUAUGUUACCAAUAAAAAGAUACAUUUUCACUUUAAAA